UUCGCGUACGGAACCGGCCGAAAGAGUGUUCACAUUCACAAUUUAAAGGGCAAAGGCUACCAAACAGUCAAAGAAAUAACAGUUUAAUCGACGCAGUACUUGCAUUCGUCGUGUAACCGUUGUUUUAUCAUUCAGACUAUAAACUGAUAAGCGCAACGGGUGAAUAUGGACGUACGCCUGGUUUGUUUAUGAAAUGUAGCCUAUCUUUUUCUCGUGAGCGUGGAUUUGGAACCUUGCAAAAGUUCACUUGGUAGCUCAUCUGCUCGCCAGUGUGGAACGCGCUGUGAUGCCGAUGGUUUCAUUUGAAGAACGUCAGGCAGGUCUGAUAUUAUAACAGUAUUGUAACGUGGAAGGCUAUUUAAACCUCAUCCUCUGACAAGGCGUAAAUACAGUAAUAGCUCAGACCUAUUCAUCCCCAGGAGAGGUUGCGCCGAACAAGCAUCAGGCGAUACUCUAAAUUAACUAACCAAUCCUUCAUUCGGAGGGUUUAUCACGUCGCCUGUCAUCCUUUCAUCUGUGAUAUUGACUAAACAGUGAGCUUCUGGGAGAUGGAUCUAGACAACCAGAACCAAAGCCAGCCCCACCCUGAGAACCCAUCUGGACUAUCAGAGGUUUUAACCCCCACUCCAGCAGCACCUCCAGGCACAGAAACGCCAACCUCUGAACCCUGCGCCAAUGCUCCUGCUCCUCAACCAUCAGUCCCAGCCCGGCCUCGACGGCCUCAGAGGACCCCCAGAGUAGAGGGCUCUGUUGACGUCUGUGAGCCCACACCUGACCCCACAGAGUCUAACCAGGACAGAUCCACUCCUGAUGCUCCAGCUGGGGCCAGCCGUCAUAAGCCCCUGCGGCCUGGAGCAGCCAAGCCCCUUGGGGGCCCUGGAGAGCCAGUGGGGUACACUGAAACCACUCUGAAGGCUGGCCCUAAAGUCCCAGGCCACCCCCCUGGGGCCCGGAACCCCAUCUCAAUGAGGGCAGCCUCAGUGCCCCAGCCACCACCCUCCAGGCCUAUACCUCCCCACCUCAACCCUCAUGCCCAGAGGGCCUUCUCUGUGUCGGGCACCGCGGACACACAGGCCCAGGUGGUAGAAGACUUCAGAGUGCACAUAAUAACAUGGAAUGUGGGCGGUGCCAUGCCGCCGGAUGACAUCACUGCUCUGCUGGGAUUGCAUGUUGGGGAUGGAAACACAGACAUGUAUAUCAUUGGGCUACAGGAAGUCAACUCCAUGAUCAACAAAAGGCUGAAAGACGUUCUCUUCACAGACCAAUGGAGUGAUGCCUGCAUGGAGAGACUCAGCCCCUUCGGAUACAUACUGGUGACAUCCCAGCGGAUGCAGGGGGUGUUGUUGCUGGUGUUUGCUAAGUACUACCACCUCCCCUUCCUCCGAGGGGUGCAGACAGAGACCACCCGCACUGGCUUGGGGGGCUACUGGGGUAAUAAAGGGGGUGUGAGUGCGCGCAUGUCUGUGUUCGGUCACACCAUCUGUUUCCUGAACUGCCACCUGCCGGCCCACAUGGAGAACUCUGAGCAGCGCAUGGAGGACUUUGAGAGCAUCCUGCAGCAGCAGCAGUUUGAAGGCCAGGCUGCCACAGGGGUGCUCGACCACGAUGUGGUGUUCUGGUUUGGAGAUCUGAAUUUCCGCAUUGAUGAACUGGAGAUUCCGGCAGUGAAAACAGCCAUUGAUAACAACAAACUCACCAUGCUGUGGGAGAAAGACCAGCUGAACAUGGCCAAAGACAGCGAGACGGUGCUGGUGGGCUUUCUGGAGGGACCUCUCAAAUUCCCCCCUACUUACAAGUUUGACGUGGGGACAGAUACAUAUGAUACAAGUGGGAAGAAGCGUAAGCCUGCGUGGACAGACAGGAUCCUAUGGCGUCUGAGGGCCACAGCUCCCUUUGGGCAGGCCCCUAAUGCUGGGAAGAGAGGCUCUGUGUCAGGACUGAGCAGCGGGACCAAGGUCACCCAGCACUUCUACCGCAGUCACAUGGAGUACAUGGUCAGCGACCACAAGCCUGUCUCUUCCAUCUUCACCCUCCAGUUCCCCUAUAAGGUGGACAUGCCACUGGUGACAAUCAUGGUGGAGGAUGAGUGGAACAGCAUUGCAGACGCCACGUGCACAUUCAAAGCUGCACCUAAUUUCGCACGCAGCUCCUGGGACUGGAUUGGGCUGUACAAGGUGGGAUUCAAACACCAUAAGGACUAUGUAGGCUAUGUAUGGGCCAAGCAGGAGGAGGCAGAUUACCAUAGAGUAGAACACGAGGUGACCUUUACUGAGGAAGAAUUGCCCAAGGGCUCAGGAGACUUUAUUUUGUGUUACUAUAGCAACAACACGAGCACCCUCGUGGGUGUGACAGAGCCUUUUCAGAUCCAGCUGCCCACCUCCAGCCCCGCCGGUAGCCCCUCUGACGACAGUUCUGACUUCACCUCUGAGGACGACAGCACGGUGGACGGUAUGAAGACCAAGUCCCGCAGUCCCAGCCCCCGGAAAAAGAAGCACAGAACACGGCACAGCCAAAGCCGCAGUCCCAGCCACAGCCGUAGCCGCAGUGGCAGCCCUGCUCUGCCCGAAAUGAAGGGCCUCAAGCUGCAGCCUGGCUUGGCCCACAACACCACUGAUGGCUCUGCCUCUGGCAAUGCCCCAGAGGGUACGGAUCGGGAGAAGGUCUCAGCUGAGGCUGGAAAUACAGGGUUGUGAUGGAGCCCCUGUUAUCCUGCUCUCCCAUUACCAACUAUGUGUGGUUUCUUUAUACAUGAUGCACUGUACUGUAUUGUAUGUUUCCUUGAUUGAAAAUGUACAUUUGCGGAUGCCAUUUGUUUCAGAACUGGGGUUAGGCUUCUGGUGCAGGAAGACUACUUUGUCUUGUGUGAUUUUUCUCUCACUCUUCCCUCUCAGGCAUAGAACAUACAGGGAGCUUUUGGCUGAUUUCAAUAGGUCCUUACAUGGCAAAUCAUUCCCAAAUCCCGGGCAGAGGGAAAUUGCUACCAAAUGCAUUUGAGGUCCAUAUCGGCAGUUGUUUCACAGAUAUUUUGAAGCAGCAUAAUAUUUCCCCCUCUAUAUCAGCCCUGGUGGCUUAGUCAGCUGAUCAGCAUGUGUGUGAGCAUGAGGAAAUGCUGCCUCCCGAUGAGGCAAACAAUUAGUUUGACUCCCAAAGGGAACAUUCCUCGCAAAUAGGAAUAAUUCCUAUUUGCUUUAGCAGGUCCUGUCCUACAUUUCAAUACAGCAUUGUGUCUACUGCUACAUACAUUCUCUAAGGGACCAGGUUACCAUGGACAAAACCCCUUGUGAGCGCAUCUGUCCUGAGGCCUGGCUGCAUAGGUCACUUAAAUGCCAUGGUGAAAAAACAAGGUAAAAAAUGGUAAUGUUCAACUUCAGGUUACUGAUGUUCCCAGUUGUCCUCUUUCCUUCCCUCCCCAUCUCUAUAUCUCUCUUCUUAUGUCCCCUCUCUCUCUUUUUCUCUUUGGGUGAAGGUGAUUAGCAGACACUGUUAUGUCACUAGUAGUAAUGUGUUGAAUUGUUAGCGUGUGACCUCCAAUGAGCCAUCCUAAACACUUUGUACCUAUGGGCUGUUAGCUUAGGACAGUGUGUGCUGUUGUACUGUAACCUCAUUGUGUGUGUGUUCAUGUAAGUAUGCCACUGUAUGAGUGUGUCUUAUGAAAGUUUGGGUUUGCAGAAGUGUGUGUGUAUUUCUGUGAUUGAUAGUGAUGUGUGUAUGUGCUUGCAUGGUUUUCUGGACUGUACAUUCCGGUACUGUGAUUUUGUGCUGUUAAAAGUGCUGUUUUUGACUCCUCUUUGUAAGAUACUUAGCUGUUGAGAAGUGUUAGGAAAAACAUGUGAUGAUGACAGUGUAAACACAACAUUAUAUGGUAGAUAUAGCUACAGUUUGCUAGCAGAACAACAAGAAGUACUUGUUUUUAUUUGAUUCAAUUCAAUUAUUUUCAUCCUAUUUAAAAUAUACAAAAUACAAUGUAGAGAGUUUGAUGCUCAUCCAAGGUAAAGGAUCAGUGCUGCAUAUGUGCAAGUGAACUUGGCUUUUGUUGUUGUUGUUGUUGUUAUGUAUUGAUUAUGUGUAUCAAUCAAUAUAACUGAAUUGAUCCAAAGUACGGUUAUAGAAAAGGUGAUAAGGAAAGACUAGAUCUGAAAAUCAAGUUGAAUUGUCCUUUGUUGUUUUAGUCUUUGGCAACGUCUCGCUCCCAUACUAUACGUGCAAUGAAAAAUAUGUGAAUAGUAACUAAGAAAUGUUAUUGAAAGCUUCUAAUAUGUUUAAAAAAAAUUAGAGUAGGUUAUGUAUGUCAAUGACAAAUAUCAAAUAGAGAACAGAUGACAAUCAAUGCCCAAAAAGAUUAUUAUACUUAAACAUUAUGCAUUUAUUUUCUUAUUUUGUGUCAAGAGAGCCUGAAUUCUGCUGGCCAGUGUGGGUGAAAAAGGGUUUAAAGUUAAAGUUCUAUUCAAUUUAAUAGGCUAUAUUGUGUAUACAUAUUUGUUUUAUAUUUAUUUUACUUUUCUAUUUAUUCAUGCAAACAACAGUUUUAUGUGGAGGCAAAAAUAAACAACCUCUUUUCACUUGGUUUAUCUGUGAUUUCAGAUCAAAAGUAGGUUUUGUGCAUUGUAUUGGCUCUGCAAGCUUGUAUGUGAUUGGGAUCUGAGGAGACUGUCUUAAAACAUCUGGGCAACAUUACAGCAACAUUGUCAGAGGCAUGAAUUGGCUAGUUGUUGAAUGUUGAUGUUGGAGGGUGGUGUGUGGACUCGUCCGCUGGGGUCAGGGCACAGAGGGAACCCCUCUGCUUUCCAGCUCAACACCUCUGUCACACACACACACACACUGUUUAGAGAUCAAAUAAAACUCCUCGUCAAGCUGUA